CCACGUAUCACUGGCAGCUCUCCCAACAUUCUGCAACAAUCGCAAAGACAUGAGCGUGACUUUGUUCCAGCACUUGCUUCCUGCAAAACGCACCAUCUAAAAUUACAGCAGGCGCAGGUAAGUGUAGACUGCCAUGUGUCAGCCAGAGCCAUGCCAUGCAGACCCUGCACUGCGACAGGAAAUACCCAGCAGUGCCGGGGGUUGGCCCCAAGCUGUUGCAAGUGGUACAUGAGUAUGGCCUAGAUUGUUUCUCCAUGGCUGGUUUGAGGGCAAGGUCACUAUCACUUCGAAUAAAAAUAAGGUUUAGAGAAUUUGGGUUACUCAGCUUGGUGAAAAGGAGGCUCUGGGAAUGCUUUAUUGCAGCCUUCCAGCAUCCGGAGGGGGCCUAUAAGAAAAACUGGGACAGAGAUUUCAGAAGGACCUUUUGCAAUAGGACAAAGAGUCAUGAUUUAAACUAGGGGUGCAUUGAUUAGGUUAACUAUAAGGAAGUUUUUUUAUUUGUAUGGUGAAGGUUGCCCAGAGAAGUGGUGGAUUUUCCAUCCUGGGAAACAUCCAAGGUCAGGUUGAAUGGGGCUUAGAGCAACCUGAUCUAGCUGACAAUCUUUCUGCCUUUGUGGCUACAAGCAGCAAAAUACAGGGGGGGCUGAUCUAGAAAACCUUUAAGAAGUCUCUUCCAAAUCAAACUGUUCUAUGCUUCUAUGAUAAUAACACACUCUAUCUGUUUCUUCUGCUUGUCCAAGCACUCUCCAUCUCUCCACCUCUUCUUCCUCAGCAUCAUCAUUGCAACCCUGUCCACCUUUCCUGGACCACCACCAUUACAAGCACAGCCCACCCUCCCAUCUCUCUUUGCCUAGAGAAAGCCCACCUCGCCCUUCUGCCUCUUCUUGCCCUGAUGAUGCAAACCGCACCGUUCAUCUCUUCUGACACACCACAAACCCACCCCACUCCUCCAUCCCCUUUUCCCUUAGCACUCCCCAUCCCUCCACCUCUGCCCCGCGCACAGCCCAUCCUCCCAUCUCCUCCUGCUCCGCACACCGCACUCCUCCAGCCCUCUCCGGGCCGGCAGCGUAGGCGGUGUCCCGGCCGCGGCCCCGCGCCGCCCGGGCACGCCACCGCCUGCCCGCCGGGCGCGGGGGGCGGGAUCCCCGCGCCUUUUCGCUACGUCAGGACGGAGGGAAAUCCCCGCUGGAGUCGCACCGCGCUUUUAGCGCCGCGCUCCGCCCCCGUGCCAGCAGAACGCUGCUGCCACCGGCCUGAGAGCAACCUGUGCGCUCCGUGCCUCGCCGAAUCGAGCCUGAGCUCUCCGUGUCCCGCCGGGCCUGGGCGCCCCGUGCCCCGCCGAAUCGAGCCUAGACUCCCUGUGACGAGUGUCGCCGAGCCCCGGCGCUCCGUGCCCCGCCGAUCCUCGUCCCGCCGACGCGAUGAUGCCUGGCCGGACCCUGCGCAAAACCGCGCCGCCAGCCGCUCCUGCAGGGCGCGAGGCGGCGGUGGAGUGCGCCCUGGAGCUGACCCGCAUCGGCGACAGGUGGGACUUGCGGCAGAGGCUCCUGAACCUGCUCGCCAAGCUCUUCUGCCCCGGAACGUGGGCUGCCCGCGGACACGGCGAGCGGAACGGAGGAGGACCUUGGCUUUGUGGGUUUGGAAGAAGAGGCUCCACAGACACUGGGAGAUGAAGAAACGUCGAAUCUCGCUGCCUUGUAUUUAGGUGACUGCAGCUGCUGGAGGAUGGCUAUCACGUGUUUUCUCUGAAGAAUGUUACAGCAAUACUGGCAUAUGAAUGCCAGGUGGGAAGAAAAAGAUAACAAUGGGCAGAGCCUCUAAACUGUGCUGUGGUGACUUCGGGCAAGCUGGUGACAUGGGGAGAUUUGGGACAAGACUGAACUUGCCCUUCACCAUGGUCUGAGAACACCUUCAGGAACCCAGUUUCCCCAGUCACCCUCUGGUCCUCAUGUCCCAUAGCCAUGUUUCACCAAGGAGUUCAGCCCACCUCCAAGGUGAAACCAAAAAAAGUGACAGUCUGUUGGAACUUGGGAUCAUAUAACACACAGGAAAAGCCAGUUGCUGGAUCUUUGACUGGUCCUCUUCUCUAAAGUGUGGAUCCUGCUGGACAGGGAUCAAGUGGUGUUAAAAUUUAUUAAAAUUAUUAAAAUUUAUUGAAGACAAUCGCUAUCUUUAUUGAAAGGUUUUUUGUUACAGGAUGUUGUUUUGCAGACUAAAAGUUGUAAUUCUAUGAAUCAACAGUGCUGCAUAAUUCUAGUCUAUAGUAUAAAUAUAUAGUAUAAGUUUAUAUAUAUAGUAUGUAUACAUAAAAUAUAAAUGUGUGCACUGCUAGUGCAUGUCAUGAGUAUUUAAUAGAACUAUUAAUCAAAAGCUGUUUGUUUAAUCUCAAAACACAGUAUGAAAAAAUGUUCAAAACAUGACAGAACUCAAUAUAAAAAGGUAUUAUAUAAAUAAAAAAUGGAUAAUAGUUUCUGAUGAUAAAGGAAAUAAAUCAUGCUUCAGAGAGGGAAUCAUAUUUUGGCAUAAUAUAUGUAUCUGAAUAUAUAUAACGCAAACACAGAUACAUAGGUAAUUGUGGAAGGGUUCUUUCAAUAUUAAAAAGAAUUUCUUGAUAACAGUACAAUUCUGUUGUGUCUUUGUAAGUAACAAAAUAGCUUCAACAGAAGUAGAUCCUAAAGUUGAAUUGCAAGUUUUGCUGAGAAUGUUAUUUAUUCAAAGAAGGUAACUACCUUCUCUUUGAAGAAACAAUAUCAAUAGAAUUGAGCGUUUGAGUGGUACAAGAAAGUAACCUUAGAUUUUUCAAUGUUUAAUUAUAUUUAUGGACAAAGGUUCUUCCUUGUACUUUAUUUCCACUUCAUUUCAUGGCCUUCUCAUCUCAGUUCCAGAAUGGUGGAGCUGUGGCAGCAUAUCCAGUGGAUGGUUACAUGGAAAUGACCCAUCUCACUGAGGGGAUAUUACCUUUAGCCGGCUUCGGAGGAGCUGAAUUAAACAUGUUGGUUGCUGUCAAAACAAACAGUAACUUUGCUAGUCAAUUCUUGUCAGGCUCCAUCCUAAACAGUGUUUUUCAUGGGUCCAAGAUACCAAGAAAAAGGCUGAAGCUGUUUCAUAGCUACCUCUAAGGUCACUAGUGAGUUACUUCUCUUAACUACCCUUGUAUGUGAGCACAUUUGCAUUUUAUAAGGCUGUAUAGUUACACUUUGUUAUUUGUGUCUAUUCAAAUUAUGUAUCUUCUCCUGUCUUGUGGUGAAUUCUUGUUUGUAUUUAUAAUUUAUUUUUCUGUUAUAUCUUCUUAAUCUGCCUUUGCAAAAUUGUCAUUAUGUAACUCUGGCCACUCUCACAAGCAACUGUGCAGGAGCUGUCAUAUAUUGACACUGACUUCUGUCACUGAGCAGAAGCUGACUGACUUUGCCUUCUUUCCAAAUGGAAGACUUAACUCCAUCCAUCCCAGUGGUGUUACAGGGAGAUUUGCUCUUGGCUUGAGCCACAUGCAUGGUUCCCUUCCCCUCUAAGCUAGCCAGUACAUUUUCAGGGAGAACACAAUAUUUCAAAAAUAGUUGUUAUUUAUCUUAUACUGCAAAACAGUGCAUUUUACUGACGUGUACAUAGGUCAGGUUUUCAGGUAACAAAAAGUAAAGGCAAAGAGUUUCAGACCAGCAGAAUACCAGCUCCCAAGCUAGCACUGCAUCCAGCUGGGCAAAACUUCAUCAAAGACAGCUUCAGCUUCAUAAGAAGGGUUGCUGUUGUACAUCCUGCAUUUGGUGGAGUCUUGGAAUCUUCAUCAAGGACACUGAACAAUGACCAUGACUGUCUGGAACUCUGAGAAGAAUUCAGCAUUAACAUUCACAGCUGAAAAGUAUCUGAAUAAAACUUCUGUUCAAUGAAUGCUGCUUGCAAGGUCAACAGGAAACGAGGUGUGGAUUUGUAGAACCCACCCUGUUCUUCAGGCUGUAGUACAUAUAAAUAUUACAAUAGAAAGUAUGCUCUUACAUGAAUUGUCAUGGGGAUAUCAAAGUUUACUGUUAGCACAGUAUUUGUCUGCCUAGUUAUGCAAAGACUAUUUGCUUUUUUGAAAUGUUUUAGGUGUUUCUGUGCAUUGUUAAGAACGGCAGUGUUCAACAGGAACUCAGGAAAAAGGCACAGAUGCAAGACAUCAGUGCCAGUAUAUGACCAAGUGCUUGCUGAUGUCCAUCCUAGAUUUCUUUUGUUACUUCUGCAAAGGAUCUGCUUUAUGACUUUAUCAACAUGAAUUUGUUUUCCGUAAGCCUUGUUCUGGAUGUGUGCCAGAUGUGUUGCUGUAUGCCUCAUGCAUGUAUGUCUUGAAUUCUUACUAAGAUAAUAAAUAUGAAGUGUUUACAAGAAAAA